GGGGUGUCUCCCGGAGCCAGCGGACACCGCCUCCUGAGAUUAAAGCAACUGCGGGGAAGGCCGGGAACCGGCCCGACCCGGAGCAAAGGAAGACGUGAGCUCCCGAGGAGGCGGAGAAGGAAGGGCAAGGGGCGGGGAGCGCCGGCCAGGAGAGUUGCAGGUCAUCUUGAACGCCCGCAUACCUCGCCUUACCUGAUGUUGCUGAUACGAUCAGGAUGGCUGUAAACUCGGGGCCAGCCCCAGGCGUUGGGCCUUACUACGAAAACCAUGGCUACCAAUCGGAAGACUUAUAUGCCCGCCCGCCCCCGGUGGCUCCCCAGGCCUACGCCGAGUACCCGGCUCAGUACUACCCGCCCACGGUCCCACAGUAUGCUCCGCAGGUCACCACGCAGGCCACGACGCCCGUGGUCCUCAGGAGGUCCAGCUCCCGCUUGCUGUGUUCCGCAAAGGUCGUCUUGGCCGUGGGCGCCGUCCUGGUGGGGGCCGGGCUGAUCGCUGGCCUGCUCUGGAACUUCUUGGAGAACAGGUGCUCUGGGAUAGAGUGUGGCUCCUCAGGGAUAUGUAUCAGCCCCUCCAACUGGUGCGAUGGCGUCUUCCACUGCCCCAACGGGGAGGAUGAGAACCGCUGUGUUCGCCUCUACGGUCCGAACUUCAUCCUUCAGGUCUAUUCAUCUCAGAGGAAUUCCUGGUACCCCGUGUGCCAAGACGGCUGGAAUGAAAACUAUGGGCGGGCAGCGUGCCAGGACAUGGGCUACAAGAGCAGUUUUUAUUCUUCUGAUGGGAUCGCCGAUGACAGUGGGGCCACCAGUUUCAUGAAGCUCAACCUGAGUGCCAGCACCGGGGACUUGUAUCAGAAGCUCUACCACAGUGAGACCUGCUCCUCCAAGGUGGUGGUGUCGUUGCGCUGUAUCCGGUGUGGUGUGAAAUCCUCCCCCAGCGGCCAGAGCAGGAUUGUGGGUGGCACGAGCGCCGUGGCCGGAGAGUGGCCGUGGCAGGUGAGCCUGCACGUGCAGGGUGUCCACGUGUGCGGAGGCUCCAUCAUCACCCCGCAGUGGAUUGUGACGGCUGCCCACUGCCUGGAAGAGCCUCUGAACAGUGCCCGCUACUGGACGGCGUACGCGGGCAUCUUGUCUCAGCCUAAGAUGCUCUACGGAAGUGGGAACCGAGCGGAGAAAGUGAUCUCUCACCCGGAUUACGACUCGAAGACCAAGGACAAUGACAUCGCUCUCAUCAAACUGCAGACGCCCCUGACCUUCAGUGAAGCGAUCCAGCCGGUGUGUCUGCCCAACCCAGGCCUGAUGCUGGAGCCCAAUCAGGAAUGCUGGAUCUCCGGAUGGGGGGCCACAUACGAGAAAGGGAAGACGUCGGAUGUGCUGAACGCUGCCCAGGUGCCCCUCAUCGAAUCCUGGAAAUGCAACAGCAGAUACGUCUAUAACAACUUGAUCACGCCCUCCAUGGUCUGUGCCGGCUACCUGGAGGGGAACGUGGACUCCUGCCAGGGUGACAGUGGCGGGCCCCUGGUCACAAAGAAGAACAGCAUCUGGUGGCUGAUUGGGGACACCAGCUGGGGCUCCGGCUGCGCACAAGCUUACAGACCAGGCGUGUAUGGGAAUGUGACAGCGUUCACAGAUUGGAUCUACCAACAGAUGAGGGCCAACAGCUAAUCCAGACGCCUUUGCCUUGAUGCUGCCCAUGUGGAAGCAAGGAGCCGACUCUUCCCCCAGCCGGGUGCACCUGCAGGCGAGCUCCGCCCUGUGCCUUCAUUAAACCAUGCCCCUGUCUGCCUGGCCCUCUCCACGUUCUGUGUGGGCAGCGGCGCCUCUCCCUCACCCUGGGGUCCUGGGGGUACGGGGAGUGCUGUGGGCAUUCCAGGUUCUUGCUCAGCCCCUGAGGACACAACGGAGCCUGGACCUUUCUGCUGCAGGCAGCCAGAGGGACAGGCAGGGACUGCAGGCACCAGGGACAGAGCUGGUCCUUCUCGGUGGCCCUUCCUGACCCAGCAAGGAGACAGAGGGCAGCAGCUCUUUCCCCUGGGGCAGGGGGCGUGGAUGAGGCCCUGGGAGCAGAGGGCCAGGGCUGCACAGGGACCCCACCCAGCAGUGCAGCCUCCACCUGCGCCCUGGGCAGGACCGCGUGCAUGCCC